GUCGGACGUAAAGCACACAAGGAAUGCGGAAAAUAGGAAUAUACACCUUCUCUACUUUCUCUGCAACAAAAUGAGCUCGGACUGAUCCGCAGAGCACCUUGGAGGGUGUGACAAGUUACUGCGGACUGCUGAAGUCUGCAGCGCUUGCCUGUGUCAGGGAUACUGGUGACGUUGGCAGAAGUGAGGCAGAAGUCAAGCAACUCUGACUCGUCAUCAAGACAAGAAAAAGAUUCGAAAUUGUAUUGUCGGAUUGUAUUGUCUACAGUACUUUGCCUUCGCUGGUUGCCUUGGAAAGUAAACCAUUUUGGGCCUGCGACUAAAGCACGGGGCUACACAGGGAGUGGGGAAAAUGCAAAAAGGCUUGUCAGUUUCUGACAGUGAUGGCUCAACGUUUGCCCCUCUGGUGGUCCUCGAGCUGGCUCCGAACACCAAAGAGGAAGCCGUUGAAUGGUUACUGAAAAGGAUCCGAGACAAGCAGCAAGAUGGAGGAGCGGAGCUGCUGGUGGAGAAGCUGUCCCCGGAGGACCAAAGCACGGAGAAGGACAACCCCAAUGUGUACAUGGUGGGGGCCUCCAUGCGGAGGCUUCUGUUCGGAGCUGAGGACGUGGGUCUCUUCAAGGAGUUCAACGACGGCACCAUGAGAAGUUUCACAUGCGCCAACAGGCACAACUUCAAGGAGUUCCAAGGCGAUGGGGACAGUUUUCUGAGCAUGGCCGAGUGUCAGUACAUCAUAAAACACGAGCUGGACACCCUGAGGGCCAAGGGUGAGGCCCACGUGCCCGGAUAUCCUAAGAUGAAACUGUAUCCAGGAAAGUCAGUCAUACGCAGAAUCCAGUCAAAGGGGAUCCUUGUUCAAAUAUUCCCUCUGCACGAAAAUGAGGAGCUCAAGAGGCUUUCCUUUUCCUGGUAUAAACAAUUCAAGCUGUCCUUCCAGCCUCUUGACGACAUCAGACACUACUUUGGCGAGGGUCUAGCGCUCUACUUUGCUUUUCUGGAGUACUUCACCUUCGCCCUGAUCCCCAUGGCCAUCAUAGGCAUCCCGUACUACCUGUUUGACUGGGAGGACUAUGACAAGUACACCGUGUUUGCUGGCUUCAACCUGGUGUGGUGCACGGUGAUCCUGGAGUUGUGGAAGCGCCUCAGCGCCUCACUGGCAUACAGGUGGGGCACACUGAGCAGGAAGAAGGCCUUUGAAGAACCGCGGCCAGGUUUCCAUGGUAUCCUGGGGUUUAACCCUGUCACGGGGCGUGAGGAGCCACUCUACCCCAACUUCAAGCGCCAGCUUCGGAUCUAUCUGGUGUCCGUGCCCUUUGUGCUACUGUGUUUGUACCUGUCCCUCUAUGUCAUGAUGAUCUACUUUGAAAUGGAGGGCUGGGUGUUGAUGAUCCAUGACGAGGAGCCUACCUUCUGGACGGGAGUGCUGCUGUUCAUCCCCAGUGUCAUCUACGCUGUGGUUAUAGAGAUCAUGAACCUGAUUUACCGCUACGCUGCCGAGUACCUCACUAACUGGGAAAACCACAGGCUUGAGUCAACUUUUCAAAAUCACCUGGUCCUUAAAGUAUUGGUGUUCAACUUCUUUAACUGUUUUGCGUCCCUCUUCUACAUUGCCUUUGUAAUGCAAGACAUGGGUCUUCUCAGACAGAGUCUGGCCACACUGCUGAUAACCUCCCAGAUCCUAAACCAGAUCAUGGAGGCCUUUCUGCCCUACUGGCUCCAGAGGAGGAGGAACAAGAAGGCCCAUAGGAGGGUGAUAAAGACCUUGGCAGACAAAGAGUUGCCCCUGUCAGAUCAGGUCAAACUGGAGGCAGAUAUGAGCACCUACUUGGGGACGUUUGAUGACUACUUGGAGCUGUUCCUGCUGUUUGGCUACGUCAGCCUUUUCUCCUGUGUCUACCCCUUGGCUGCUGUCCUGGUGGUGCUCAACAAUGUCACAGAGAUGUACUCUGAUGCCCUAAAGAUGUGCAAGGUGUUCAAACGGCCCUUCUCCGAACCAGCAGCCGACGUAGGAGUGUGGCAGCUGGCCUUUGAAGCCAUGAGUGUGAUCGCUGUGGUGACCAACUGUGCUUUGAUUGGCAUGUCUCCUCAAGUCAAGUCAUACUUCCCGGAGUCCGACACUCAGCUCAUAAUGUGGGUGGUGGCCGGAGAGCACCUCCUCUUGGCGGUAAAGUUCAUCCUGACCUUUGUGAUCCCAGAUAUUCCCAAAAACAUCCAGAUCAAACUGUCCCGUCUGGAGUUUGAGUCCCUGGAGGCUCUGAAGAAAAGGAGACAGACCCAGGGGAGAAAAUGCUGGAGGGCUCGGGCACCCCAAAAACGGAUAAGUGAUGACGAGAGACGAGGCCAACCAUUCAGAUACUGACGAGACGAAGAUGGGGCAUACUCAACCUUGGACGGUUCAAACUGACUGUUUACUUCAUACCACCCGAAUUAGCGGAAUGCUUAUUUAUGCAUAAAAUAUCCAAAGUUGUUCUUUUUUUAUAAAUGGUUGUUAAACCAGGUUUUACACUUUUUGCCUUGGCCUUGUUGAAUAGGUAUUUCUGAUAUUCGUUUGGCUGAGUUUCUGUCUCUGUGUGUCUUCUAACCUACCCACAGAACAGUAAUAUAAAUCACUAUAUGUGAUUUACAGAAUGUAUGCACGGGCCUCUUAACUAAAAGUUAAUCUGACAUGACAAGACUCAUUCUUAAAAUACUAUAUUCUGUAUGUUAACUUCCUUUGUAAACCCCGUUUAAAAUGCAUCACUUCAUACCAAAUGUACCAAUUCUGUCUUGAAUGUAGUUGGUUGAGGAGACAAUGCUGUGCAACUGAAUUACACUUGUAUAAUUCUGUUAUGUAGCAUUGGCCAUAGUAUGGAAAGAACUACAGUAAUGAUACGAGCCAGUAUUCCAACAACACAGAGCUUUUAAUGAAACAUCGAAGACCCUCUUACCACACAUGUGGUAAGAAGGUAACCUAUAUUUAUGGUAUUAUGUGGUAAGAUACCAUUAUGUGGUAUCUUACCACAUAUUAACAUUUUCUUAUCAGCCAAUCUAGUAACUUACAGUGUCAGAGAUGGCUGUUUGAAGAGCUUGUCUCAUACAGGUCAGUGACUCAGGUCUUCUGAUAUAAUUCUGCACUCCUUCAUUGAGGUCCUUGAUACAUUUUCAGGGUAUUGUCUGAAUCAAGGUGGAUGGAAAUAGGAAAGCUAGAUAAAAACUGUUAGUGAUGGGGAAGUUGUAAAUACACCUCAGCCUCUGUAACUGGCAUUGUCUCUGUUUCUGUCUACUCAGCGACUGUCAAAUAUAAGAGACAGCACUUAUUGCUUAGAAUGUGUGGCAAUGAAGUAUCUUCUGGAGUCACGAUAUUAACACUCCCUCUGAAAGGGACAGUGCCUUUGACAAAACAUUAUGCUUUCAAUUUGUUUUAUAUGCUGGACGCACACAGAGUUUGCAAGUAUCAAAAAAAAGAUCUCAAGUUAUUGAAACAAAAAUGUAACAUCCAUUUUCUCCAAUAAAUCUAUACAUCUCAUGGCAUUGCUGGUUAACUGCGAUCACCUCAUCCCUAGUCAGAAUCUUAGACUCUGGUUCUCAAACCUCUCCUGGGGACCCCCAGCUGUUUCAUGUAUUACGAUGUAUUCCAGAGAUAGCACAGCUGUGUCAACUCGUAUACUUAUUAUGAAGCGCUUCAUUCUGCUGAGCUAGUUCAGGGCAACAACAAGAGCUAUCUGGGGGGCCCCCCAGAAGUUUGAGAACAUUGUCUUAUGUGAUGGAGAAAGUGUUUGACUGUCCAGGACUGGAGCCAAUCUAUAGGGGUAAACUGUUCUAAAGAUCAGUUUAUAAUGCAUCUGAGUUACAGCUGCUGUUGGAGCAAAUACCAGGAGGCCGUUAGCUCUCCAGGAACACAGUUGGAUGCCCUGUUCAGCGGUUACUAGUGUCAUCUGGCAGCAGCAUUGCUGGCGCUACCUUGUAAAUCAUGGUGCAAUACCUUUCAGCGGAAGGCUCCCAGCAUAUUUAACUUGUCUACUCUGGACUGGAAGGAAGUCAGGUGGCAAUUUGAUCAUUAUCCACUCAUUGAUCUUUUGACCAAUGAAAUAAUCUGGUCCUUCAGCAAGUCACUCUGGCUAAGAGUGUCUGCUAAAUGACCAUGUAAGACAAUUCAUGGUGACAGCAAGGCAUUCCGAAGAGCAGGACACCAGAAAAUUUUCCAACUUCUGUAUGAGAAAAAUGUUAAGGCAUUGAACAACACAAAAAUUUAAUGUAUAAGUUUUUUCCCCACAACAUUUUAUUUUGGAUAUUACCAUUGCUAUAUGUAACUUUUGACAACAGGUAUCAACUACAGAAUAAUACAUUUAAUAAUUCUGCCAUUUCACCUCCACCCCUUAUUUUCUUUGAGCCAGUAAAUGGUUUGGUCCAGUAACAUUCUCUGGGUGGUUCUGUUU